AUGGACCGCAUAGUCUUUAGAUUGCGGCAGCUGCCUUCUCAUAUUGAUAAGUUGGCCACUGUUAUGCUUUUAAGCAAGGCUCUAGGGAUCAAGGCUUCGGCAAUUUGGAUUUUUUCUCUAGCCUCCUCUGUUGAUCCAUGGCUACAGCAUAAAGUGGCCACUUUGAUGUUCGAUGGUGAUAGUGGAAUACAGCAAGUUCUCGAAGGAAGGCGACCGGGAGUCACGAAACAGGGUGAUGAAUGGGUUAUUGAGGCCGAUAACCUGGGUGAUAAUUGGAUAUUGGAUUCGCACUUUCGAGGAUUGACUGCUUUAUAUGAUCCGCCAUCACAUGCGGCUGACUGCAUUGCAAUAUCAGGGCUUGCGAGUCAUCCAUUUGGGUCGUGGCAGCCGAAGGGGCAGUCUAAAUCCUUUAUGUGGAUUCGUGAUGCAUUACCUAAGUCAUUACCGAACGUUCGGCCUAUACUUUACGGCUACGAUUCAACCCUUGUGAAAAGCCAUUCAUUUCAGUCAACAUUUGAUCUUGCGUUGGCAUUGAUUAAUCAACUUAAGGCUAAUGGCUGGGUGUCGCCAACCUGCAAGCCUCUCGCUUUUCUUGCACACAGUCUCGGGGGGAUUAUUUUAAAACAAGCGCUCGUCUCACUCGCGGGUAUGAAUGAGCGUGACAGUCCCAUACUUCGUGUUAUGAAAGGAGCGGUAUUUUUCGGUGUGCCUAAUCUGGGCAUGGAGCAGUCACAUCUCGAGGCUGUUGUCGUGGGCCAAGCCAAUACAGAACUCAUUCAAACCCUCUCGCCCAAGUCCCCAUAUCUCUUUCAACUCGACAAACAGUUCACUGGAAUCUCAGAGAUCCAAAAUUGUCUGCUUUAUUGGUGUUAUGAAACGACAAAAUCGUCGACUGUCACUUUAGAUUCAGAUGGAAAAUGGUCGAGAAUGGGUCCUGAAGAGAUCCUAGUCACCCCGGAAUCCGCAACUCGUGGAUUAUACGGAGAUCCUACGAAGCAGGACUCGAUAUUCCCAAUCGACAAAGAUCAUUCAAGCAUAGUGAAAUUUUCAGAGAACGAUCCGAACUACUCUGUAGUUGUGCGGCAGCUAAACCAAGUACUGUUUUCAAGAGAUUCGACUAGGGGAAGAGAAGAAUUAGAACCAGCCAACCUAGCAAUCAAUAUAACCCAGAGGCCCCUGGAUCCCGCGGCAGUUGCACAAGGAACCUCAAGUAAGGAUGACAUUUUGAUGUCACUUCAUGACCCCGAGGUAGACCGCCGACUGCUAGAAAUUGAAGACAAGUUUCAAGACACGUUGAACUGGGUUUACGACUUGCCAGAGCCAGGUUUCAACAGGUGGCUCCAAAAUUAUACCGGUCUUUUUUGGAUUAGAGGAAUACCUGGCUCUGACCAGCGUACCUCAGACCUGCUCUCCGACUGGACAGGAGAGAAAUCUUAUAUACGGGCAGCAUUCUUUUUUCAUCAUCGUGGUACUUUGCUCCAGAAGUCUUUUGAAGGCCUGCUUAGAAGCAUUAUAUCACAGAUUAUCUUGCAGAAGCCCGCUCUUUGCAGGUUCAUCCAUGACAAAAAGGACCUUUCUUCGGGACAUUGGACUUUGAAGAUGCUUCAAAAAAGCUUCAACGACAUCUUAAGACAAGAAGAAGUACCAUUUCACCUAUGCUUGUUUUUUGAUGCACUGGAUGAGUAUGACGGGCCAUUGGAGUUUUUAUGUCGGUUUCUCAAGGAUUUAGGUGCUAUCACCCCGACACCAAACAGACAAAUCAAAGUGUGUUUCUCUAGCCGCCCUUGGGACAUUUUUUUGAGUACUUUUCGGGGCUGCGCAGGCUUCAAUAUCCAUGACUUUACUCAAGACGACAUUACGAAUUAUUGUUUGGGCUCGAUCAAAGCGGAGAACCUUUCAUCGGUCGCGCUCGAGAGCUUCAUCCCAGAUAUCGUAACACGGUCAAAGGGCGUUUUCUUGUGGGUGAAGCUCUUCAUCAACGAACUUGCCCAAACUAACGGGGCCAUCACAAACGAUAUUGAGAUGAAGAGUUUGUUAGAGUCUUAUCCUACAGAACUUGACUCGUUCUACACCGAAGUCAUUCAACGAAUCCCACGUGCAUAUAGGCGGAUGACUUAUACGAUGCUUGAGACUACAGUUCGAUGCAUGGAUAAGUUGACGCCCUUGCGCCUUUUAGGCAUCAUUGACUGCUCAGGUUGUAAAACCUACUCAGACGCCUUGGAGAUGCUCUGGAAACCAUAUAAACUCAAAAAGGAGUACCUUACGGCUCUCAUACAACGUAAUUCAAAGAAGUACUGUGGUGGAUUAAUCGAAGUCUACGAUGACGGUUUCGGUCCCUACAUCCAAGUUCUCCAUCAAACCGUCGAGGACUUCGUGAAAGAUCCUAAAUUUAAGCAAAUCGUCUUACAAGAGCAAUCUAGGAUUACGGUAGAGAAUGGAUACACAUUUUGCGCCAAAUAUUCUAUGUUAAGAGCUACUGUGGAUGACUUCGACGACGGACGCCGUCAAAGACUAGACCCGCACGAUUAUGCAUAUCUCUCUGAACGGACUACGGGCCACAGCCUUAAAGCAUUUGUCGACAGCAUACCGCGUGAGAAAAUUAAUCUCGUAACUCGAUCUCCUGAAAAAGACACUCCUCUUGCCCUUGCUGCAAACUUUGACUGUCGUCUUCAUAUUAUUGACUUACUUUCCGAUUCGCCUACCCUCUUGCAAGAAUCCAGAGAGCCACUGUUGAGCUAUUGCCUUCCAAUAAGUAUGUUUUUGAGUCGUAAAGAAUCUCCCUCUACGGUCAAGCUUCUUCUAGAAAGAGGAUUCACUCCUGAUAAGGACCCAGAAGCCUUUGACAAGCUGAUCUGGCGUCUAGCACACGGUGCUUCGCCAAAUUAUUACACAGAUUUGGUUGAAAUCCUACUUAAAUAUGGCCAAAGCCCGGACAUGAAAUUCCAUGAUGACUCAGGGUUGGAGCCCGCGGCCCUACAUUUCAGCCGACUUCCGCCAAUGGCAAUCAAGGUACUUCUCGACAAUGGUGCUACAGUGAACAUUUUGGAUAUUAGGGGAAGAACGCCGUUAGACUGCCUGUGCGAAGAAGCAUAUGACGACGGUGAUUUGAAGUUUGGUAUGCCAGUACCGGAGGCGUACGAGACAGCGUGCCUACUCGUGUCUCGUGGCGGGAUUGUAACAAAGGGGGCCCUUAAAUAUUCGAAAUGGCUUUUGCGCAAGAUCGAGGAUGCGGGCUUACCUACCGAGGACUUGAAAGAUUGCUUGUCCCGACCGGGAAAAGGGCCAAAGCUUCCGCUCAAAUCUAAAUUCAAGAAGAUGGGAUUCUAUAUCUCCAAAGCCAUGACAUCAAGCAAUGAUUAG